CCGUCUUUCCCCCUUUUUUUUCAUUUCCUUUCAAGUUGGAGCCCUAACUUUCGAAACAACACUGUCUCUCUCUCUCUCACGGAGGCGACGACGAGCGGCGAUAGUGGUGGCUAGUGACGAUCGGCGAUCGGCGACAAUGGCGGCGAGCAGCGAUCGAAUCAUCGAUUCGAAGAUGGACAAGGCAUCCAUAAUCAAAGAUGCAAUUGACUACCUCCAAGAAUUGCAUGAGCAAGAGAGGAGGAUCCAAGCUGAUUUAAUACAGCUUGAAUCUGGAAAAUUGAAGAAAAAUGCAGUUUUUGACUUGGAUCAAGAGAUUCCAACCUUGUCAAGACUCAAGAAAAAGGGAAUUGAUCAUAGUUAUGAUUCAAGGAGAUCAACCACUUCUUCCAUUGAAGAUCUUGAAGUAAGUCUUUGAUUAAGAUUUGAUUAAUAAUUGUUUAGUUUCUGGAUAAUUUUGUUUUGGUUAGUUAAUUUGUUCAUAAUUUAUACUAUUUUAAAAAAAUCAAUAGAGGGAUAAAUUGGACAUGUACAUAUGUAUCAGUGAUGUGAUGUGUAGUUGAAAUUCAAUAUUAAAAAUCUUAAAAGUGAUUUUUUGUACCUGGCCAUUAAAUAUUAGUUACACAACACAUCACUUAUUCUAAAAUUACUUUAAUAAAAAAAAAAAUCACUCUAAAGGAUCCAUACUAAAAUUUUAUAUCAGAACUUAUCCAAAAAAUUUAGAAAUGGGAUUGUCUCCAACCAAUUAGAGCAUCUAGUCUGGCCUACUGUCAUCCCAUUUUAGAUACAAUUUGACAAUCCGAUAUCUAAUCAAAUUAAAUUUUAGUAUAAAUGAUAUGUUCGAAAGGUUUGAUCUCAAUCUGAAUUUGGAUUUCAUUAGUUAUAGGACGUUUUGAUCUGGGCAAUUACAUGAAGAUAUUUUGGAAAGGCAAAAAAAAUGUGACAUCUACCUCAAUUUUGGCCUUCCCUUUUAGGUAUAAAUAUGUAUAUAGAAAGGAAAUCGAAAUAGAGAAAGACUCAAACAAUUGCAAGAGCCAUGCACAUGUUAUUUUAGAAUGGUCAGUUGAACCCUAGAAGGUGCAGAGGCUCUGGCACUAUGUGCUGCCCCAUUUUGGUUGAAUUUCUUUGAUUUAUCUGAAAUUUGUGAAUUGAACUUGACUCUUCUUCUUCUUCUACUACUUCUUCUUCUUCUUCUUCUUUCUUUCUUUUUAUUUAUUUUUUAUUAUUGAAUGAGGAUGCAUUAAAAUUUUUAUCAAUUGGAAAGUAGUGUUCCUUAAUUCAAUUUUUAUUGACUCAAUUGCAAUUUUUUUUUUUAAAUUUACACACGCAUCGCGUGUGCCUU